AUGGAGGCCUGCUCCAUCGCCUCCCCAACAGUCUCUGGCUCUCUCCUCGGCUCGACCGACAGUGCGUGGAGCGUGGAGCGUGGCCUGGUGCGUGGAGCCGGCACAGCUCUGCCCAAAGCUGAACUGAGUGUAGAGCCAAACCCUGUGUACCCUGGAGAGACAGUUACUCUGACGUGUUCAGUAGGGUCUGACAGUAUCUGGAACUAUCAGUUGGACAAAUACAGGAAUGAUAAUGUAGUAUCCCAGUCUGUCAGACACACUAUAACAGGAGAUACUCUCACCAUCAGUAUAGCUGCUGAGUCUGACCAGGGUCUCUACUGGUUAAAGUGGAUCUUUCCACUCAAACCUAUUGCAAUACCAACAGAUUAUCAGCCGUCGACUACACUGACAUCAGACAAAGAGGACGUAUUCACAGGAGACAGUGUGACACUGAGCUGUACUGUAGAGUCUUCUGGAUGGAAGUUUUACUGGUACAGAGACAGACCAGACUCUACACCAGUAACCACAACCUCUGGAUACUCCUACACACUCAGCUGGGUCAGUGUCUCUGAUGGAGGACAGUACUGGUGCAGAGCUGGGAGAGGAGACCCAGUCUACUACACCAUGUACAGUGACCCAGUCCAGAUAAACAUUACUGGUGAGUCUAAAACAGUUUUAUGA